GACGUGGUAUUGAGUUCGGCUAUUGUGUAGUGAGGUUGGUGGCUGAACCACAUGCUGGUGGUGUUUUGUUUUAUUUCAGCUCUUGUUGCCGGAAAUUGAGACCUAGCUUGUCUCCAUUGUCGCGAAGCGCGAUGGCUGCUGCAGCGCGAGUACCGGAUAGCUUUUUUAUAUUGCUAGUCCUGUGGAAAGGAGGACGCUUGUGUGAGCGGGGUUUCCUCCCUUGGCUGGAUGGGACGGCAAUGCACUCGUUGACUAUUUCGAUACCAUUUCUCUUUUUCUACAAGUCGCAGUAGCAUCUAUUUCGGGGGCCAUUUUAAAAUUAUAUCCACGUUAAUAUGAGAUAUCGCAGUCCACAGGCACAGCUACUGAUUUUGUACGGGGUUUUCUUGAUAAACGGGUGUAUACCGGCACUAACAGUGCGGAGCGCAACGGGAAUUGUAUCACCAGAGCACAGGCUUGAGUACGCAGGGACGUGGAAGCAGCAAAUGACAUACGGGCUGUCCUUUAUAGCAGGGAUCUUUGCAGUGAACCUGCUGGGCGCGCGUGUGGUGCUGUUUUUUGGCGGGCUCUGCGGCAUCCUGUAUGCAGCGGGGAUUAUAUGUGUGCACAAGUACUCUAUACACGGGCUUUUACCUUGCAGGCACGAUUCUAAACAGCAUUGGGUAUGCAAUGGCGAUGCUGGCAGUGAACACAAUGGUGCUGACGUAUCCGCGGGAGCAGCAGAAGGCGCGCGCAGUGGCAGUGUUUCUGAUCAGCCUGGAGCUGUUCCUGACAUUGGGCGACGUUAUGUUCAAAUCCUGAGGGCGGCGAGGGGCGCAACUGGAACUCGGCGGUGGUGCAGCUAGUGUUUAUAUGCAUUGGGACGCCCCUGACGCUGCUUCUGAGCCCUGCGGAGCAGGUGGUGCGGGACACCGGCGUAUAUGUGCUGGCGGUGCCAGCCAAAGGCCC